AAUACAGAUAAGGGCGGUGCCCUAGACCGGAAAUGUGACGACGUAAUCUUUACCGCAAGUUUAGUGCGCGCAAAAUUAACCAAAAUAGGCGCAAGUGUUUGGGGUAUUUUGCCGGUGGCUCGGGUACAACAGAGAUUUGACUCGGCUUGUUUUGUUAUGGCAAGUCAAGCCUGGCAGCUGGAGUCAUCCCUGCGCCGCUCCGCCAGACUCGGCCUGGAAGUACUGGAGAGAGCGUCGAGACGGAGAGUAGACUGGUCUAGUAGUGUGAGUCCGUCUCCCAAUACAACAUCAACGGAUGGCAACGCCGGGAAUGAGGUUCUGGGAAACUCAGCCCACACAAGCCUGGAUGAUGCUUUUGAGACCAUAGCGGAAUUCAUGGCACAGACAACAAAUCAAUGCAAGAACUUUUACACGCCAGAGACUGAGCCUAUGGAAAAUGAGAGAACCCAUGUGUGCAAAUACCAUUCUCAAUCUCACCAACGCCCAGGGACCACACUGCAGAUCAGGAAACAUGCACGGUCAUCACCUGAGGAUUUCCACAUUGAGGUGUCACCAGGUACCUAUGCGAUUACCGCGGGAAUGCAGGACUCGCAGCAACAGACCCGGCUAGUACGCAUUAAUGCAGGAGAGAGUAUGAACCUCACCUUUCACCUCUAACCCCUGACCAAUCCCCUUUUGACUGUUCUGCUACCAAUAACAAAACUGUCCAAUCAGAAUGUUUACAUAUGAAUUUUCACGUGAAAGUCUUGUCUUCUGGAUUAAUUUGUCGCUUUAGAGCGACAGUGAUACAUUGUUAUUAAUUUGCUGCUAAAUGAGAAGCCAUAUUUUGAUGAUCUGAUCAGGAUUUAAUUUGUUAUAUUCAAUUAUUUGUCAUAUGUCUGCCCAAACGCAUCACGUAAAGCACUAAUUAUGUAUUUUUUACCAUAUCAGUAUAAUAAAGUAUAUUUUAUAUCAAUAA